AGCAGAUUCUCAAACCCAUUGUCUAGCUUCUCCCUCUCCACCGAACCCACACAACCGUGUUUCCCUGUGUCCUGUGCGUGUGUUUUGGAGCUCCAGGCGUAGCCAUGGCUGAGGUACUGGCCACCAUGGUGGUCGGGCCACUGGUGUCCAUGGUGAAGGACAAUGCCUCCAGCUACCUCCUGGACCAGUACAAGGUGAUGGAGGGAAUGGAGGAGCAGCACGAGGUCCUCAAGCGCAAGCUGCCGGCCAUCCUGAACGUCAUCACCGACGCCGAGGAGCAGGCAGCAGCGAAGAGAGAAGGGGCGAAAGCCUGGCUGGAGAAGGUCCGGAAGGUUGCCUACCAGGCGAAUGAUGUCCUAGACGAAUUCAAGUACGAGGCGUUGCGCCGCAAAGCCAAGGAGGAGGGGCACUACGAGGCACUCGGCAUGGAUGUAAUAAAGCUCUUCCCUUCUCACAACCGUUUUGUUUUCCGUCUCACAAUGGCAAACAAGCUCCAUAAGAUCCUGCAAGAAAUUGAUGUCCUCAUCAAAGAAAUGAAUGACUUUGGGUUCAGGUCCAAACCAGGGCCAUCAGAGCCCAUAAAUUACUUGAGGCAGAAUAAUUCUGAUAUCAUCGACCCUGUGAACAUUGCUAAAGAAUCAAGAGCCCAAGAGAAGAAGGAUGUUGUUGAUAGAUUACUUGCUCAAGCUAGUAGCCCGGAUCUCACAGUCCUUCCAAUCGUUGGAAUGGGGGGAUUGGGCAAGACCACCUUGGCACAGCUCAUUUACAAUGACCCUGACAUCCAGAAGCAUUUCGAGUUACGGCUUUGGGUGUGUGUCUCUGAUAACUUUGAUGUGGAUUCCCUGGCUGAUAGAAUAGUGAAAGAGAAUGGUUAUAAUGCAAGUGAAAGUUCAGCAUUGGCCAAGCUUCACAAUGUAGUGAAGGGUAAGAGGUACCUCCUCGUAUUGGAUGAUGUCUGGAACCGUAAUGUGCACAAGUGGGAAAGGCUGAAGUCCUACCUUCAGCAUGGUGGCAGUGGUAGCUCAGUGUUGACAACAACCCGUGAUGACAAAGUUGCUGAGCUAAUGGGUACAACAGAAGCCAACAAUCUCAAGGGCUUGGAUGAAAUCUACAUAAAGGAAAUUAUUGAGACAAAAGCAUUCGGUUCAAAACAAGUAGAGCAAAGGCCUCGUGAACUGGUUGAAAUGGUUGGUGACAUAGUGAAGAGAUGUUCUGGCUCUCCUUUGGCUGCCACAGCUUUGGGCUCUGUACUACGUACCAAGACCAGGAAGCAAGAAUGGGAAGGUAUACUAAAUAGAAGCAUGAUUUGUGAUGAGGAAAAUGAAAUUCUGCCGGUACUUAAACUCAGUUACAAUUGCUUGCGGCCAUAUAUGCGGCAAUGCUUUGCUUUCUGUGCUAUGUUUCCAAAGGAUUAUGAGAUUGAUGUGCAAGGUCUAAUCCACCUAUGGAUGGCCAAUGGUUUUAUCCCAGAGCAACCAAGAGAGUGUCCUGAAACCAUUGGAGAAAAAAUUUUCAAUGAGCUGAAGUCGAGGUCAUUUUUUCAGGAUUUGAAAAACGGCCCAUUUGACAAAAUAAUUACUUGUAAGAUCCAUGACCUUAUGCAUGAUGUUGCAGAAUCUGCUAUGGGAAAAGAAUGUGCUGCAAUAACUACACACCCGAGCCAAAGUGAGGAUGCUCUUCAUUCAACUCGUCAUUUGUAUUUAUCAGUCGAUCGACCAGAAAAUCUUCUGAAUGCUUCCCUAGAGAAAGGAUCUCCAGCUUUCCAAACAUUGAUAUGUGAUGGAUAUGUAGAAGAAGAUAUGAAGAUCUUGUCAAAAUACAACUCUAUCAGAGCUUUAAAGAUCAAACGGGGCUCAUUCCUAAGGCCGAAAUAUCUUCAUCACCUGAGGUAUCUUGAUCUCUCAGAAAGUGAUAUUGAAGCGCUUCCUGAAGACAUCAGCAUCCUAUAUCAUCUGCAAACACUGAACCUUUCUGAUUGCCGUGAUCUUCAGCGACUUCCAAAGGAACUAAAGUAUUUGACUUCCCUCCGUCACCUCUACACUCACAACUGUCCAGAGUUGAAAAGCAUGCCCGCAGAGCUCGGACACCUCACUUGCCUGCAGACACUUACAUGCUUUGUUGUAGGUACUGACACCGGUUGCAGUAAUGUGAGAGAGCUGCGGAAUUUGGACCUUGGUGGUAGACUAGAGCUAAGACAGCUCCAAAAUGUCGCAAGAGCAGAUGUUGUAGAAGCAGCAAGUCUUGGAAAUAAGAAAAAACUGACCGAACUGGAGUUAGUAUGGACUGGUAAAGACCUGCAGGCACAGAAUAAUAAUCAUAAAGAGGUGGUGCAAGGUCUCAAACCUCAUGAUGGGCUGAAGGCCCUAAGGAUACAUUCAUGUGGGAGUAGUACUUUUCCAUCAUGGAUGAAUAUGUUGAAUGGCAUGGUGGAGUUUACGUUAUCUUAUUGCAAAAUGCUCGAGAAGCUUCCUGCACUCUGGCAGUUACCAGUUCUGGAAAUUCUUCACCUGGAAGGAUUGCAGAGUUUACAUUGUUUGUGCAGCGGUGGUACUACACCCAUCACAUUUCAGAAACUGAAGGUGCUUACCUUGUUUCAUAUGGAAAAAUUUGAGGCAUGGUGGGACACAGAUGUGGUGCAAGGAGAAGAGCCGAUAUUUCCCAAGGUUGAGAAGCUGGAUAUCCGUAGGUGUGGAGUUUUGACUGCAUUACCAAAAGCAGUGCCAAUGAUUACGGAAUCAUCUGGCGGAGUUGACACUAAGUGCCGCUCCGCAUUUCCAGAACUGAGAAAAAUGAUGUUGAUGCAUUUGAAUAUGUUUGACAGGUGGGAGGCAGUCGAAGGAACUCUAGGAGAAGGGGUAACAUUUCCUCGGCUCGAGGAACUGUACAUCAGGGAUUGUGCAAGCCUCAGUGCACUACCAAAAGCCUCAGUACAUCAGGGAUCCGCAUUUCCAGCACUGUGGAAACUAGACUUACUUGAUUUGUCGGCCCUUGAGAGGUGGGGGGCAGCCGAAGGAACUCCGGGAGAAGAGGUAACAUUUCCUCUGCUGGAGAAGUUGGACAUUCGUGACUGCCCGAAGUUGACUGAUCUACCUGAAGCACCGAAGCUAAGUGUAUUAGCCAUAAAAGGACGUGGUCAACAAAUAUCCCUGCAGACAGCUAGCAGAUACAUUCCUUCACUGUCCAGUCUGCAUCUGGAUGCGCCACCCGAUGACACGGAAACAACACUGCAACAUAAGGAGAAAUGGAAUCAUGAACUCCCCUUGGCAACUAUGUGGUUAGCUAGGUGCGACCUUCUGUUCUCGUCCCGCUCAAAUGCACUAGCGCUGUGGGAAUGUUUUGCACGGCUAGUACAUUUGGCAAUUUGCGAUUGCGACGCUCUUGUCUACUGGCCAGAAAACGUGUUCCAGGUCCUGGUAUCCCUGAGGAAGUUAUUGAUUCGGGGAUGCAGCAAACUGACAGGACUCACACAAGCUUCUGGCGAGCAAUCUGCUCCAGGACGGGAUGGACUCCUGCCACAUCUGGAGGUUCUAAUCAUAGAUGAUUGCGAAUCUUUCGUAGGGGUCCCCAACCUGCCGGCAUCUCUCAAGGAAUUACAGAUUGAGCGCUGCAAUAAUGAUAAUCUCAAGUCCAUCGUAUUCGGUCUGCAGGAGGACACAAGCUUGGCGAGGGGAGAAGGUGUUGUACAGCUGGACACAUCACCAUCAAAUCCAGGGUCCAGCAGUCGUGAGGCCACAACGUCUACAGCUGUACUGAAGCUGCCAUCAGCAACCAACCUUCGCUUCCUUCCAUGCCUAGAAUCUCUAACUAUAUGGCGCUGCAAUGGUUUGUCUGAGGUUGCCAAUCUUCCUCCGUCUAUCAAGACCUUGGACAUUUAUGGCUGCGGCAAUCUUCGAUCCUUAUCAGGAGAGCUACGUGACAUCCAAAAAUUGACUAUUCAAUCUUGCAGUCUGUUGGAAUCACUGGAUUCUUGCUUAGGAGAGCUUCGGUCGCUGGAAGAACUAAAUCUCUCUGGUUGCAAAAGGCUGGUAUCCUUACCGGAUGGGCCUCAAGCAUACUCAUCCCUUAGAGUUCUUCGGAUUGAAGGUUGUGAUGGUGUGAAGUCGCUCCCGCCGAGCCUACAGAACCGUUUGAAUUGCCUCGAGCGGAAAUAUCUAUAUGGCCGUUUUGAAGAACCAACUCUGACACGUAAAAUGAGGAGGCUGGUCAACAAGGCUGCGACGAGAUUGUUCCCGUUUUCCCGAGAUGAGGAGAGUGACAGUGAUUGAAACAGCAGAUCAAGGACCUGACGAAAGUUAUCACCAAGGAUCGUUGUUACCAGACUUGCAAAUGAUGGAUUGUUGUGACCGUGGUAGAAUGUAUUACGUACACUUUCUGAAGAUAAUCUCCAGUGAAGUCAAGGCCAGCUCCUUGAUUUUGAGCAGAAGCAAGUCAUAGAUUGCAAGCUGAAGAAUAUAGCAUAUAGAUGUAAUCAUCUUAACCCUGUGUUCACACUCAAACUCAAGUUCUGGUAGCAUAGUGUUGAGCUCGGCUUGGAGGAUCAUAUCCUCCCGAGCGCGUCGUUGUAACGUGGCCACGGCGUGCGUCUUGUUCGCGUCGUGGCGAGUGCAGCUGCUGGCUGCGCGGCAUGGCCUGGAGUGUGGGGUGGCGCAUGCUUCCAGGGUCGUGGCGCGCAGGGCGUGCAUGCCGGAGGCGCGAGGCUAGCUCCGUCGCUCCUUCUUUCUCGUUUCCUUUUACAGUUUGUAGUGUGUAUAAAUAGGAAUUAUAUAUGCAGAAAAAGCUGUCAUGGUUGUGCACGGCACCAAAAAAAUCCACCUGUGUUCUUCUC